AUGGAAUAUACGGACAAGCACUCACUCAAAUUGUUAUUGAAAAGCAAGAGAGAGGAUGAAGAACUUGUUUCAAAGGUGGAGUCUGUUCAAUUAGUCAAUCAGCACGAAAUUUGCAACAUUGUGGACAAGUGUACAGAAAAUGUGGAGCAUUUGCGUGAUCUUUUUGUCAAGCAUCUCAGCUCUGAAGAGAUCAAGGAAAAGAACACAUCAUCAUUUACUAUCACUUCAUUAGAUAAAACCAAUUGUACGAUCGUUACCAGACAAAAAACAAUUUCGUUGGGUGAUAUCGAUCUUUUGCAUCGCGUCUUCCCAAAUCUAAAUUCGAUCAACCUAUACAUGUUCAAUUUACGAUAUGAUGAAGAGGAAAGCAUCGCUGAAGCAAACGCGGAUAAUACUGUCUCGAGUAUUGAUAUGACUUUCAACACAUUUCCGGCCAAUAUGAGCAAGUUGGUCAUGUAUAUUUUGAAAAGUUACGGCAAGCACCUUACGACACUCAAAAUCAAAAAAGGCGGAAAUAUCAGCAGCAAGGACAAAAAGUGGGAGGAUCUCUCGCAGGGAAUAGUCAAUGAUGGCGAAUUGCUCCUCAAACACAAUUACCAGUUAUCAAAGCUCAAAUCUGUCGAAAUAUCGCACUUUUACCAAAGGUUCCCAACAGCAGCAUUUGUUGAAGUCCUCUCCAAGUCUAAUUGCGCAUUACAGCAUGCAGCGUUCAUUGGUGUGGCCCAGUCUGAUUCCAUUGUCAUGCAUUUGAAGAAGAUGGCCAAAGAGUCAUUCAAGGACUUGGCACUGGAUACUUAUGAUUUCCCCAAAUUGCAGGAUCUUAGCACAUUCCCUUUGGAAUCUCUUUUCCUUCGUUGGGCCGACAACACUGCAAUCGACAUCAAUGCAGCUCUCAGCGCAUUACCUCAAUUAAGGAAAUUGGAUUUGGGUUACGAUAUGGACUACAAUCAACUCAAAGAGAGCAAGACCCAAUUAAAGCAGAACACACCUUUGCAAAGUCUCACUUUACACCAUGUGAUUAUCGAUAAGGAUAUCUUGGACACGGUUGCUGUUGAUUUGCCUCCAUUAUCAAAACUGACACUCUCAAACUGUAAAUUUGGAUCAUCUCGCGUUAGUGUGCAAGAAAAAAUCACCUUGCUCAAUUAUCGAUUGAGAGAAUUAGUGUUAGACAACUGUGCACUGUAUUUCAACAAAAAAGACAGCAUUGAAAAAAGACACAUUAACAAGUUGAACAUCAACAUUGAUUCUGAUCGCAAGUACACUGCCGAAAUCGUUAGUAAAGUACGAGCAUCCAUGGCCAAGUAUGAACAUAUCUCAAAUGUGGAGAACCAGUUUUCCUAUAGUUGUUUCAGUGAAACGGCUGUGAGACCUACAAACACUUUGACACUUACGCUGAAAUCAAUUGAAUCUAUCAAACUCGAUACUAUGGGUCUCAAGGCUGUGAAAUUCCAAUCAGACGGUGUUUCUCAUUCUGAACCAGCAUUAGCUGGCGUGGACAAUGCUGACUAUGGCGAGCUGAUUGAGAACCUGAUAGAGGAGAGCAUUGCACAAGAAGAAGCUGUUGUUGAAAAACAAGUCGUUGAAGAGGUUGAUGAAGAAAUUGUCGAACAGCAAGUCAUUGAAGAGAUCGAUGCAGAUGCUGUUAUGGAAUCACUGGAGAAUGAAGAAUCUGCUGCUGUGAAGGAGAGCAAAGAAGAGGAGAACGAAAAUGACAGCGAGUAUCAGUUGUUAACAGAAAGCGAGAUCAAGCGAAUCAAGACAUUGCAAGAGAUGGACAAAGACUUUGCAGCAGCGACAGAGACGGACUCUUCCACUACAGAUGAAUCAGACAUAGAGGAGGAGGGGGAGGAGGAAGGUCUAGCGCGACGUAGAUCUAUGCGAGUAAGACAGAUCUCCGCGUCUAUCACCAUGAGAGAAUUGAGGAAACGUAAGCGUGUAAGAUACAAUUCUUCUGAUGAAACAAGCCAAGAAUCAGAUUCAGAAUCAGAGGAUGAUGAUAAGCCUGUCCGCAGUGCACGAAAGAGAAAGAGGGAGAGAGAGUUUAUCAAAUCCAUCAAAUCAACCCAGCCUGUCAUCAAGGUUUAUCCCUCAAAGCGCUUGCAAGGUUAUUAUAAAUAG